UGGUUCACCGUUUCUACCUUAGUUCCACAUCGACCGUCGCAAUGCUCGGUUUAACCGUUUCUUAUUUUGCUGUGCGCACAUAACAAUCGAUAUAUCAAUUCCGAGCGAGCGAGCAUAUGCAGAAUUUUCCAUUCAAUUUUUCGCAUAGCAAUUGAAAAUGAGGAUCAGUUGAGAAAAAAAAGAGUUGAGUUUCGUUUUUCGAGUGAUUUCGUUGCGUUCAAAUGAUUUACAUGUAAUAAUCAAAAUAACAGACAAGAACAGUGAUAAAAGAACCAUUUUUCGGAAGAACAAUUUGUGCACAUGAAUGAUAACUUCGUUUUACUGACUAAUUUCUACUAAUUGUGUGAGAAAAGUUUACAAAUGAAAUAAAUCAACUCUAAAUUUUGAUAAGUUCACGACACAGGCGAUAAUUUGUGGAUUUACUUCUGUCACCCAUACAAUAGAUCAAUAAUUUGGGUGCAAGGAACUUGAUCUAGAAAACGGCGCAAACGUUAAGAAACGGAAAAAACACAAGCGAAAAAUUUCGUGUUUGUACCAUGGAAGUGUUUGGUUUAUGGCUAAAAGCCAUCGUGACCAUUGUGAUAAUUUCGAUUGUAUCGAGUCAAAGUAUACAGCAAUCGAACGAUCAUAGCUCGAAAAAAACACAUCUUGAAAUCAAUCAACAAUUUGUUAGUAGGACAAAACAAAAUAAUUCCAAUGCGAUUAGUGGUAACGCGAAUUUAAAUAGUGUGCCGGAGACACAGUCAAACUCAGACGACUCAAACACAGCUAAUGAUGCAAAUAAACCACAUUCGAGAAAAAAGCGAUUGAUUUGGAUCACAGACGAUGGACGACUUGCAUUACCACCAGGCACUGUACUCAGUAUAACGCCUACCCUGUCAUUACCAUUGGUUCGGUACCCACUUGAAGGAUUCCUGUCGAAUAUGACAAUGAGCUUUCCACUUACCAUUGACUUCGACAAAUUGGGCCUCACUGACAACGAAAAUCCGUUGGGCGUUUUACCACCAAUUUUUGCACGCAAAAUGGGACGGGCUGCUGGCUCUGUUUUGGCUGAUUACAUUGGAUCGUAUCUAACGUCGCGUAAAACUCGUUCGUUAUCUGAACAAGAAGGUGAAGAUUUCAUGACAAUUACAUCGAAUAAAGCGCCAACGUUGCCCGAACAACACAAGCAUGCUUUCCAUGGUGGUGAACGGGCAAUUCUAUACGGCAUUGCCGAAGAUUUACUUUCGACAUUCGGAGUCGACGGCAAAGCGUGCAUCCUGAGAACAAUUUGCGAGAUUCAUUCGAAAAAGACGAUCGAUCAUUUGGGAUUUUUGGGUGAAGUUGCCAAAUUAUUUUUCACUGCUACCAAAUCAAAUUAUUCACAUUUGCUGUCGGAAUAUGUACGGGCGCAGCAAGUGGGUGAGGGUAAAAUUGGUCCGGGUGAAUGUUUUCCAUACUAUAAAAAGUGUCCGAAAAGUAUAUUCAAGAGUGGACGAGAAGCCAGUAAAUAUAGCCAUAUUUUAUCCGAUACAGAGUCCGAAAUAGACAAAAAUGAAAUAGAUUUCGUGGAUGAUGCUGAAAAUGAGCUCAGUCGUUUGAAUGAAAGCAAAGAUGCGGCCCAGUCAAUGUUCAAUAUGUAAAUUUCAGUGCGGUGUUCAGUUGUAUUGAAGACAACCAACCAUUCGUUAAUAAAUGUAUAAGAAACGUGUGUUUUAUUUCUCUCGUCAACCAAAUGUAAAACGAAAAUUGCAUAAAAUCUCUAGGUUCAUCGAUUCAUUGGUGUAUGCAAAAAAAAAAUUCGAUGCAAAAAGCAACAUAUUUAUUUAUUUCUAGUCGUUUAGGAUGUUUGACGAUCAAUGUUUGACCAUUUAACAGCCUAAGAUAAAGAUUAUUUUGCUCAAUGCAACGAUUCGAAAUAUUUAGCGGCCAAAAACACACUCUUUAAUCCAUAACGAUUUGUGCAUUUGCUUCGAACGUACUGAUUAACAAGGCCUCAUUUCAAAUGUUAUCCAUUCGGUUAAAAGUGAAUUGAAGUCAAUUAGACAAAUUUUUCUAUCCGCCCCUUGAAUGCAUUACCUUAAUUAAUAUGCAUGAAUCUCCUGUAUGAGGCCUUGUUAAUAAGCUAAUUGAGAUGCAAUAAUUUUUAUUUAUUUCGUCGAGAGAUUGCAAUUUAGUUCAUAAAUUUGUAUGAGUUAGGUUUCAAUUGUGCGCCAGAACAGGUUUUUUUAGUAUAAUACAUGUAUUUUUGUAUAUAUGUACUUAUUUGUGUUAAUUUAACGAAAUCGAUUCGGCAUCGAAUUACGUUGGUAAUAGUUCAACAAUGGUAGCAACUAAAUUAGAAGAAAAAAUGUGUGGCAUAUUACGAAUUUCAAAUAAAAAUCAAUAGACAAGU